AUGACUGUCGACUUCGAUCUUAGAUCGAACUUUGUUCAAAUCAUCAAUGGCAAGAGCUCUCCUACGGAGUUCACUCGCCAUGGAUUGAACCCCGCGACCUUGGAAGUCCUGCCAGAGGAUCGGAAGAAGGCCGUAUUGGCAUAUGCAGAUGCUAUUGAUGAAUACAGCGAUCAGUUCCGAGAUCUCUUGAUCACCGAACAAGGCAAGCCUAUUUUCCAAGCGACGCUCGAGACUAAUAAUGCCAUUAAUUGGAUUCGUGGAAUGGCUAGCCUUCCACUUAUCGAAGACGUUAUCGAAGAUGAUGAGACGAGGACGGUGAUAACAAGACAUGUUCCUCCCAGUGUCAUUGGGGCUAUUGUGCCGUGGAACUUCCCCUUGAUGCUCGCAACCGGAAAGAUUGCACCUGCUCUUUUGACUGGUAACGUCAUUAUUGUGAAGCCUUCCCCAUUUACACCAUACGGCGGCUUGAAGCUUGUCGAACUAGCCCAGAAGUUUUUCCUUCCGGUUGUGGUGCAGUCUUUGGGUGGUGAUGAUAACUUGGGACCCUGGCUCACAAGUCAUCCCGGCAUUGACAAGAUCAGUUUUACUGGCUCUACCGCUACCGGGAAGAGAGUAUUACAAAGUGCUAGCGGAACACUGAAGCGCGUAACCCUUGAGCUCGGUGGAAAUGAUCCUGCAAUUGUGUUCCCCGAUGUUGACAUCGAAAAGGUGGCCGAGAAGUUCAGGGAUGCCUUAGUUCGCCAGGUGGAGUCCUACACUGUGGGUGAUGGUUUUAAGGCCGGAAUCAGCCACGGACCUCUUCAAAAUGAUAUGCGAUACUCGCGUGUCAAGACUUUCUUCGAUGAUAUAGAGAAGCAGGGCUGGAAGGUUGCUACUGGUGGUCGGAUUGAGCCCUCAUAUGUCGAGGAGCCAUUUGGUCCGAUUGUACCUCUGCUGUCGUGGGAUGAUGAGGCCAAGGUUAUCGAACGUGCUAAUAACACCUCGAUGGGACUUGGCGCUUCAAUUUGGACCGCUGAUCUGGACCGCGUGGCCUGA